ACCUUUUAGUCGAAUUUUAUAACAAUGGAGUAACAGGUUAUCAAUUUACCACUCCAGGAGAUAUAUCGAGAAUUGAUCAAAUAUAUGUAUUUCUCAAAAUAAUUCAAUAUGGACGAUUAAAAUUGGG